AUGUUGCUUUCAGAUGAUGCCCUGCCCUCCUUACUCGAGGGUCUUGCUUUCAGAAGUGCGAUCAAAGUAUUAGUUUCGGUUGUUACCGUCACCGCUUCAAUCUUAGUGCAUCUAAAUGCCACCUGUACCCUGGGCGGUGAUGGAAGCACGAGUUCCAACAAUAAGUGCCUUCGUUCUGUAGCCCGAGGCUCCAAAGAGUCGUUACAACUCGUUGGUUUCCAAAUAUAA